GUUCGGGGCUACUCAAGCCACCCAUGGCGAUUCUCAACCUGUUCAAUGUUUUUUUCUUUCUGUCGAGUGCAUUAGAUGGAUGAAUGUAACAUUUGUACUAGCAGUUGCUUUCGGCGAGCGAGGUGUCAAGCGGAGGGCACACACAGUCGCGAGGGACCCCAGAGUUAAGUGUGGCUGUAACAUCACGCCGACAUCUUUUCUCAUUCAAUCGAUGCAAUCUUGACACACUUGGAAACAGCUGUCUCACAGAAACAUGUCCCUACGCAGAAACUGCUUCUAAGAGAACUGCGCCGGCAUAUGCCAUCCACCCGGUUGCGAAACUGACAACAUCGAGCGAUGGCGCGCAGCUCAAAUUAUCCUGCGUACGUCCUGCUCGUGCCAGUGGGGUUCUCUCGCGCAUUAGAUUGGGGGUAUGACCACCUGUCGAAAUGUCAGGGCCAGCAGAAGGAAGUCGCAUCGUGCGACCUGUCAGCGUGUGCAUCGGAGGAAUGCCUCGACUGCGUCUGGGGAUCAUGGUACGUGUACGCAACGUAAAUAUCGCGUGUGAAAAGAUCAUUAUACGAAGCAGUGUCCGGGGUACCCGUAAUACAACUUACACAAAACAUAAUUCCAGGUCGUCGUUCUCCGCAUGUGCCUGCAAUGGUCUCCAGGAGCGACACCGUGAAAUCUACUCGCACAACAAUGGUUGUGGGAAGCCAUGCGACGGCCCGAUGUCAGAGACGGUCAGCUGCGAGCCGGACUGUCAGAAGCCAAAAGUAGACUGCGCACUGUCAUCUUGGUCGUAUUGGUCAACAUGUUCCGAGCCCUGCGGUGGAGGGGAUACAUUUCGGACGCGAUCAAUAGAAACGAAGGCAAGCAACGGCGGUGCACCGUGCGAAGCGAGCAUGAAGGAAGUCUCAACAUGUAACACGACACCAUGCCACGACGCCGUGGACUGCGCACUAAACGAGUGGAGCUCAUGGGGCGAAUGUAUUCAUUUAGAUGGCGUCCUUGAUGAUUUGGUAGAUGAAUGUGAGUGUAGUUGAAUGUGAGUGCGGUAUAAACGCCCCCUUAAGGUACGUGGAAGCCUUAAGUCAUAUUGGUAAGGAACCAUUCUAAGUUAUAUAGGUAGCAAAACAUGCGGCAACGGUGAAAUGAAGCGAACGCGGACGGUCUUGAAUGAAGCGCGAUUCGGCGGAAAGCUUUGCGAUUUAACCAGUCUCGAGGAAGUGGCAGCGUGUGGAACGGAUCCCUGCGACGUCGUUGAGGAUUGCGUCUGGGGAGACUGGAGUUACUGGUCCGCAUGCUCCCAGUCGUGCGGUGGGGGCCAGAAAUCGCGGGCGAGGAAUAUCGACGUUGCCCCACGGAACGGCGGCCUGCACUGCGAGGCAAAAACUAUGAGCGAAACGACGGGGUGCAACGAGCAGAGCUGCAGCGAGGUGCAGGAUUGUGUCAUCGGCGAGUGGACCGAGUGGGAUGCCUGCUCUUGCAGUUGCAAUGGUAUUGUAAAAAGCUGCAAGUUCAUGUUCAAGUUCAUCUACUGCUCUGUUUUGCUGGUCCCGUGACGGCCCGUUGAGUAGAAUCAACAAUUCUUGUACAGUUGCGUGACCGAACUUUGAUGUUCAAUUGUGCGAGACAACAAACAGGUAUUCAGCAGCGCACGAGGCACAUCGAUGAGUUCCCACUGAACGGUGGGAAGGUCUGUCAGGGCGCGCUAAAAGAGAUCCAGAGUUGCAAUACGGGCCACGUUUGCGAUCCGCCCCCCGGUCCAGCACCCAUCGACUGUUUGCUUGAAGAGUGGUCGGAUUGGUCCGUUUGUACUGCAAAGUGCGGCGGGGGCGUAACAAAACGGCACCGCAAAAUUGCAACUUUUCCCGACUUCGGGGGCAAGGGCUGCGACGGAGAACUGGAGCAAGUGGAGAUGUGCAACGAGCAUCUCUGUGCGGAAGAUAUUCCGCCGCACGACGUUCCAAUAAAUUGCGACUGGGCGGAGUGGUAACCGCUUGAUUGGCUUCUUGUGAUCGCGUUGCACCAUUUUUCGAAGUUGGUCGUUUGUAUGAUUGAUGACAAGCAUGUCGCUGUGCCGCAACGUAAAGCGGUGAAGACAAAAAAUGAAACUCAGGGACGAGUGGGGACCCUGUUCCGCUAGUUGCGGCCACGGUCAGCGCAACCGGCACCGCGAAAUCAAAACCAUGCCAAACAAGGUCGGUAAGCCUUGUGAAGAGGGCGCAAUGUUUGAAGUGGAACACUGCGAGGGCCAGCACUGUGGUGACAAGGAUUGCAUCUGGUCUGAGUGGACGGCCUACGGUGCCUGUCCGUGUACCGGCUUGCGGGAACGGAGUAGACACAUCGUUCAGCAUUACAGCGGGCCACACGGCAAGCCCUGCGAAGGCGCCGCCGUGGAAACGCGGGCCUGCUAUCCACAGCAAAUUUACCUCAAACACCGACCACAGAAACAUGGCAAUUCAUCUUCCUCAGGAUACAGAAAUCCGAUAUUCUAAUCUCGGGUUGACGAAAUCAUUUUUGCUGUCAGAAGAGAGCGUGUGGUGGUGCGGUAAAUUUUUGUUGGGUUGCAUACCUGCCAGCCGGAUUGCAUUAAGGACCAGAUUGAUUGCGUAGCGUCUGAGUGGGGCGACUGGAGUGAGUGCACGGCGACGUGCAACGGCGGCCAGCAGUUCCGGCAGAAGAUGAUUGAGGCGGAAGUGUUAAACGGGGGCCGACCCUGCCAGACCGAUCUGAAAGAGACCCGGGGGUGCAACCAGGACGUCGUUUGUUACGACCAAAUGCCGGAAGACUGCUUAAUGACUGAGUGGAGUUACUGGAGCACCUGCAGCGUCACCUGUGGCGAAGGACAAAAAAGCCGCGAACGCACCAUCCAGCGCCACCCGGCCUGGGGCGGAAAGACCUGCGAGCGAGAGUCUUUAGUCGAGGUAGUUUUUCGUGCAGUUUUCUUCGCCCUUUUUUGUUCCCGCAGCGAAGUUGGACAUUUUUUUUCCGGAAGACGUGUUUCUCUUAUUCGGGAUCUGCUUUGUCCAUCACCAUCUUUAAUGCCCUGACAUCACAGACAAAAGGCUGCACCAUGGAGCAGUGCCCAGAAGACGUAGACUGUGUGUGGGGAGAGUGGACCGAAUGGAACGACUGCAGUGCUACCUGCGGAAACGGAGUGCACGAGCGGGAACGUGGCAUUGAUGUACGAAUAUCAUGUGUUUUUUUCGCAUUUGAGUUGCAUUGCCUAACCCUAGUGUGAAAAACUCGACAUCUUAGCCAUGAAAGACAUGCAAAAAUUGUCGAUGCAAAACAUCAAAAAUAAAAAUUCACGAAAAGGUUGCGCCCCGCGGGAUCGGGAAGCUUUGUGAGGCGAAGGAUCGUGCGGAAGUGAAGCCCUGCAAGGUGCAGGAAUGUGACUCUCCCUGCGUGGACGGCUUGUGGUCCGAGUGGACCGAAUUUUCACAGUGCUCGAAGUCCUGUGGUGGCGGUUAUCGCUUUAGCAGCCGCGAGGUGUUGACCACCCCAAACUACUGCGGCAAGGGACUCGAAGGACCCAACAGAAGGUACGAGAAGUGCAACGAGCAGGAGUGCGGAUUGGAAGCGGUUGACUGCGCCUACGCCGAGUGGGGCUACUGGUCAGAUUGUUCCGCGCCCUGCAACGGAAUCCAAGACCGAAGUCGCAGGAUCGCAACGAACGCGGCGCACGGCGGAAAACCGUGCGAGGGCUCGAUGAAGGAAAUACAAGGAUGCAACAUCAGUACGGAGUUUAUCUUUAUGCUGGAUGAUGUUUUGGAUUUGGUAUGUUGAAAAGUCUUACCCUUUUGCUUGUACGUGAAGAUGAAAUUCAAAUUUUCGAGCUCAUCUGUUGAACCAACGCUUGCUGCAGGGUUCCUCUUUCAAAAAUUUCCACUACGUUUCGGAAAAAAGUAGACAUCAACUUCUGCGCGAAUUGAUAAAUCACGCAUACAGAUUCCUCCGAUUGCAAGGGAGUUCCGGUGGACUGCAUCCUUGAGGAGUGGUCGGAUUAUGGCAGCUGCUCCGCCGAUUGCGGGGGUGGCGUGCACCGCAGAGAGAGGAGAAUUUUACAGAAGCCGCAGAAUGGCGGGAUGCCCUGUCACGGGUCGCUCGUGGAAGUGAGCGGGUGCAACGACUGGAAAUGCGCAACAACCAUCGACUGCGUCUGGGGCUACUGGAGCAGCUGGGGUGCGUGCUCCAAGGAGUGUGGCGGCGGGACAACCACGAGAUUUCGCCACAUCGAUACCAUGCCCAGUGAAGACGGAAAGCCGUGCGAUUUGGACGACUCGCUGGAAGUCGAGAGCUGCAACAAAUACCCCUGCGGAAGCAUCCAGUAUUGCGUGUGGGGAAGCUGGAGCGGCUGGUAUAACUUCACUAGCACAGCAGGCUUCAAGGCUGAAUGGGAUUACAUGAGCCUUUUUUCGUCUCUUGCGUGCCGCUUUUGACAUCAUCGAACAUUUUCCAAUGAAUUGAUAAAGCGUCUCUAUUUGCACUCACAGGUCCGAUUGUAGUGCAACAUGCGGAACUGCGGAGACGUCAAGAUAUCGAAAUCUCGAGUACAGCAGCUACGAGCCGUGGGACCAGAAGGACAUACUAGUCACAGGUUUGCAGCAGACUGCAUUUUUUGCCUGUUUUGCUUCUCUUAUCGACGUUUAAGGUGUUGCCACGAAGAAGCAUGAGAUGUGCGCAAAAAGGAAUCGCGGUAAAUUUUGUCCAAACGUAUCUCUACUACCGAGGUAUCUUGGCCGAGCUCGAAAAGACACUCUCUCCGCCCGGGGCCGAGUACUCGAUCAAGCAUCUGCUUGGAUGCUUCUUCGCCGGUAUGGUUGCCUGUAUCGUAGGCUUGGGAUUCCUCACCGGGGUUUUUAGGAGAAGACAGAAUGACGAGGGCAGUUCAUUGUCUCCGUUCGAUUCUUCCACGGCCUCGCCGAUGCUGGAGCCAACAGAUAUACUAACCAGGAACCCUGCACCCGCACCUGAGCCACCAGGUUCGUCGUGACCGAACGAAUUUUUUUGAUCUCUCGGAACUUAUUCGUGAGAAACCGAUUUUCCAGAUUUUUUGUUUUACUAUGAAAUGUGAGAUUCAUACUGGGUCGGUCCCGAUGCGAGCUUUCAGCAGUAGUUCCGCAGUUUUUAACGAAUCCGCUUCGUUUAUUCCGCUUUCAUAUCGUGCUGGUGUCUUUCCACAUGAUAUCUGAUAGCAUCCCCGAGGAAACGAAAAACACUUCGCUCGCUUUAUUGUCGAUAAUUUCUCAAACCUAGAUACUAACGCGAGUGCGGACCUCCACGAGUACCUAGAUGCAAAUUUGUUUCCGGCCUUCGCCUUGGAGGAGGCGCUCAUGGAGGAACCACAUAUCGAGCCCGGCCUGAUGCGCUCAAGCUUCUUUCGCGUUUUUUGAAAUAGCAUCUCCCAGUUGUUGUAUAGUGGACGAGCCGCGGCGCCGUCCCGUUCUCUUAGUAAAAGUGAUUUCUAGGCGAGCGCACGAAAAUAAAUACGAGUCGAAGCUCAGCAAGAGAUUGCUGCACGCAAGCGCCUUUUACAUCAUAGUUAGAGUGAAGUGUUUUUCUGUUCAAGUGAAUGUAGCGGAACUGCAGCCAGGAAAGCUUGCCUUGGGACGACCGAUAUUUUAUCCUGCAUAAAUCUCAUUUUCAGUCAAUGGAACAAUGCGAUGUCUCUGCUCGUCUAGAAAGAGCUAGACAUGCAGGUCGGCGGCAGAAAGCAAGUAGACUUGCCUGCUGCGCGACCGGGAACUUCUGCGGAAAUAUUUUUACGUAAAGACAAGCCAGAGACAAGAAAACAGAAAACUUAUUUGUACGAACUACCAUGCGAGUAGUGUUGAGUUUACGUAGAAGUCGAGUUGGACUUGUACGAUGCUAAAUCUUCCGCCCUGUCAUCCCAACGGGAGCUAGGCGCUGGGCAUGCGGAAAGAAACACGGGACAUGCAAAUUUAUCAUGCUGCACAGCUGCACCGUGACCGACGGCUAGCGUACCAGAUUUCUAGUAUACAGCAAGUCUGGUCCUGGAUCUGGUAGUCCAGUAGAAACUGUCGUGUGCGGUCUGAUGCGGAAAAA